AAAAGUAAGUUUUGAAUGUUUUUUUUACAAAAUAAAUUGAAUCACAACGUUUUUAUAUUAAUAUACAAUUUAAUUUUUAUUUAAUAUUUUGUUUAGUAAAAUUUUUAAUUAAUAUGUAGAGGAAGAAACCCCAUUGUAGAUUUGUAUUUUCAAACCGAUUUUCCAUUGCUAAGGCACACAAAAAAGGGGGGGUCUAAGGCCGCCGGAAGAGAUGGGGAGGGAGGUAUCGGAGAGCUGCGUGGAGAGUCUGCUGACGGAGAUUGUUUCUUCCUACUGCAAUGGCUUCUAUGCCGACAAGCCUGAGCUCGCCGCCCGCCGGAUCGAAGCCAUCGGCUUUCAGGUCGGCCACCAGCUUUCCGAAAGAUACACGAUGGAACGACCACGGUUCAGUGACCAUUUGGAAGCCAUCAAGUUCAUUUGCAAGGACUUCUGGUCUGAGCUUUUCAAAAAACAGAUUGACAACCUAAAGACAAACCACAGGGGUACAUUUGUGUUGCAAGAUAAUCGGUUUCGUUGGCUAUCUCGGAUGCCUACGGACCCAUCACUUGAAACCUCUGGAUCUAUUCAAGAUCCUUUGGCUAUGGCUGAGAACAAAACUGCACAGGCAAUAGGAAUGCAUCUUUAUUUUCCUUGUGGAAUCAUCAGGGGAGCACUUUCAAACCUGGGAAUUCCAUGUGCAGUAUCUGCAGAUAUAUCUAACCUUCCUGCAUGCUCAUUUGUGGUUCGUAUAAAGGCUUGACUGACGCUUACGAGAAUAAAAUGGUUGGGCUUCAUGUAGCUCGCUAUCCGUUUCUUCUUGCAUGUUGUAUUAGAGCUGCACUUUUGUAUCCCAAAUUCUGCUCAACUAUAUAGUGUUCCAACUGAACUAUUGUGCAAUCAUAUGCAUAUACACAUUUCUCUUCUAGGGUCUAUAUUUGGAUUUACUAAGACAUAUUUGGAUUUACUAAUCCCUUCCUUUUUCUCGUACCAAAUCUUGCGAGUGAUCUAUUUGAAAAAGUCACUAAACAAGUGUGAUGGUA